AUGACGAGCCAGUCAUUGGGCAUGACGAGCCGGCGCCAUCUUUUUGACGAGCGCUGUGUGUUGUAUGAUGAGGAGCGCUGUGUGUUGUAUGAUGAGGAGCGCUGUGUGUUGUAUGAUGAGGAGCGCUGUGUGUUGUAUGAUGAGGAGCGCUGUGUGUUGUAUGAUGAGGAGCGCUGUGUGUUGUAUGAUGAGGAGCGCUGUGUGUUGUGUGAUGAUCAGUGUAGAUACAGAGCGUUUGAAUACUUCAAUCAAGCCGCCAAUGCCGGGAACUCUCACGCCAUGGCGUUCCUGGGGAAGAUGUAUUCGGAGGGCAGCGACACGGUGAUGCAGAGCAACGAAACCGCUCUCCAGUACUUCAAGAAAGCAGCGGACAUGGGUAAUCCGGUAGGGCAGAGCGGCCUGGGCAUGGCGUACCUGUACGGCAGAGGGGUCCCUGUGAACUACGACCUGGCACUGAAGUAUUUCCAGAAGGCGGCUGAGCAGGGCUGGGUGGACGGGCAGCUUCAGCUCGGCUCCAUGUACUACAACGGGGUCGGAGUGAAGAGAGAUUACAAACAAGCCCUGAAGUAUUUCAAUCUGGCAUCCCAGGGGGGUCACAUUCUGGCAUUUUACAACCUGGCUCAGAUGCACGCCACCGGCACCGGGGUUCUGCGAUCCUGCCAGACCGCUGUGGAGCUCUUCAAGAACGUGUGCGAGCGCGGCCGCUGGUCAGAGAGGUUGAUGACGGCGUAUAACAGCUACAAGAACGGAAACUCCAACACGGCUGUGGUGCAGUACUUGCUGCUGGCCGAACAAGGCUACGAGGUGGCGCAGAGCAACGCGGCCUUCAUCCUGGAACUGCCUGACGGAAACGAAGCCUCUAUGGUAAACGAGAACGAGACUUUCCCCCGAGCUCUGCUGCAUUGGAACCGAGCGGCCGCACAAGGGUACACACUGGCCCGGCUGAAGCUGGGUGACUAUCAUUACUAUGGCUACGGGACAGAAGUGGACUACGAGACGGCGUUCAUCCAUUACCGCCUGGCGUCAGAGCAACAGCACAGCGCCCAAGCCAUGUUCAACCUGGGAUACAUGCAUGAGAAGGGUCUGGGCAUCAAACAGGACAUUCAUCUGGCCAAGAGGUUCUACGACAUGGCGGCGGAGGCCAGCCCGGACGCACAGGUCCCCGUCUUCCUGGCGCUCUGUAAACUCUGCGUACUGUACGCUCUGCAGUACCUGCAGGAUCUGAAUAUGAAGGACGCCUUGUCUCGUGUCGAUAUGGAUCAGAUACUGGGGCCGGAAUGGGACCUCUACCUCAUGACCAUCAUUGCGUUACUCCUGGGAACGGUCAUUGCUUACCGGCAAAGACAGCCGCAGGUGGUCCCGCGACCUCCGGCACCCAGACCUGCCGGCCAAGACCCCCCUCCCCCUCCUUCAUCACAGCAAGACCAGCCGCAGGAAGACCAGGCGCCGCAAUGACAUCGUGUCACGUGACGCUACCGCGGACUGUCCCCGA